AUGUCCACACUACAUCCUGAUAUCGUCGAGUUCAAUCGUCGACCACUUCCUGAUCUCGAUGAGUGCAUGGUUCGACCUUACUCCGUAAGCCAAGGAGCCCUUGGACUUCAAGAUCGCUUCAAUACUGUAGACACUGCGUAUGCAUCAAGAGCAGGGGAGGAAACGGCAGAUAAGCGGAAUAGUGAGAAGGUAUCACUACAACACAAUGUAAUCGAUAUUGCUAGACCCUUACAAGCUCCAUACAUCGGGGAAGAUGCUCGAGUUACUCAGCUACGAAGUGAGUUUCUAAACCGUUCUGCUAGGGAAAAUAUUGACUUUAAAGAAAUCGAUCAAAUACUCAGACAAAUGCCAGCAAACCCUACACCUGAGAGGCUUCCACUCGAAGUCCUCCAGUUUCUGCCACAUUGGUCCCAAUUCCGACACAAAGUGCUACAAUUUAGGGUACAAUGCUUAGAGAAGAAUCUCACCGAUGAACAAAAGGGGCCGGGCUCAGAUUUUCAGUGGAUCAUGGACUGGGAAAGAAAGCAAAAUGAAGGCAUGUAG